ACCUAUUCGUUCACUAGACAUAAGACAGUCACUUGUUUAUUAAGUGAGCGAAACAUGGUUAAAGACAUAAUUUUCGUCCAGAGAAAUUAAAAACUGCUGUGUCAUGAUAACUUGACAUCCCACCAUUUGCACUAGCAGCAAAAAGUGAGUAGGUCAAGAUGGAUGAAGCAACCCCUACGGAAAGUAGUGGCACCACUGAAAGUGAUAGUGGGGAUUAUGUAAAGAGUGGGGACAGUACAGACAUCAUUUCUGAGAGUAAAACCAAGAAAAGGCAUGGAACUCCCUCCCUGGUCGAGGAUGAUGGUUAUGAGGUGACGUUUACUGUAACCAUAGCCAUGGCCAUCCCAACAGUUCUUGAAGACCAUGAUAACCAAGGUUCCACUUACACAGAUAAUGAGGACCAGACCAACUUAAAAGACAUGCUACAGAAACGGACCCUGGAGUCGCCCCGUGCACAGAACUACUACCACAUGGAGUACUCUCUGGUUCCCGGGGGUGAGGAUGUGCUCAAAACGGACGUGGUCACCUACGGCGUGGCGUGUAAGAUUUUCAUGGAGAAACACGACGCGAAGGUGGUCAAAACCUGGCAGGAAGGGGACAUCACUUGGUUCGCCUGGGCCCACAGCCAUAAAAUGAAAGUCAACCGUGAAAUCCUCAUGAAGAUGUUCCAUCAUACCAUAGAGCUGCGGGUCUGGGACUCCAAAGAGAAAUGUUCCUCAAGAGCCAGGUUUGAUCGACCAAAGGCUUUCAGGCUUCCUCAGGCUAAACCAGGGGAAAAGCCAGAAGAUAUUGGUGGUGUGAAGGCCAUGGUGGUCAGACAGAUGAAGAAUUUUAUGAACCAACAGCCCAGAAAGGGCAAUGUGAUUAGACCACUGCCAUCUCAGUUGUCCUUGCAAAAUUUGGUUUACAUUAGAAAACAUGCUCAGGACACAGCUAAUCAAAUUGCCCCCUCUGCAAACACCAAACAAUUGGUGGCUGUUCCAACUAAAGAGAAACUGACAGGAAAGUCUUUUGAUCAUUUGAGCCAAUUAGCAGGAUCACCCAGAAAGACAUCUCCUGAGAAGAAAAAGAAAAAUAAUGCACCAGGAGCUGGAAAACCUGCUGUUAAAGAGGACAAAGAUACCAAGAAACAGCAGUCAGAACUGGCCAAGCAACUGGCAGAGAACAUAAAGAAACAUGGUUUAUGCAUGAUCCCCUUGAGGCUAGCUCAUCUCUUUUCAGAUCAUAAGGUUGUUACAAGUCGUCUAGAGAAUCCAAUAGUUGGUAUCGAGGACAUGUUUCUUGGUGUGUCUGUCAACAUCCCACUUUUGUCAGCUCAGAUUAAAGAAGAGCUCAACCCAAUGAUGAUCAAGAUACAAAGUGCUACCUGCCUUCCUGAUACUCCUCUGUCAUUUGAGGAUUUGAGAACUAAAUGUCAGCCUGCAUAUUGCCGUUACAAAUUUUUUAAAGAAGCCGAGCAUGACACAUCUGGCAAGCAACAGAACAAGAACAUUUACUGGGAGGACACUAACAUUGUUCUCUUAGGUACGAUGGAGCCAUGUGCACUGAGAGAGUAUUUAAAUGGUCCUCCUAUGAUCAUUGAACUCCAUGAUCGUGACCGUAAGCCUGAAGCUGUCGCCCUGAAACCAACUCUCUUUGGAGAUGAUUUAGAAGAUGAGAAAAUUGCUAAUGUCGGAACUGUAGAAAGCAGGCGAACACUUCACAACCCUUUUUCUGGUCGAGAUAAACCCUGGGAUCCCUAUGGGGUAGCCAAGCUGGACCUAUCAGAGCUUCUUCUGGGCCAUCGCUUCCUUGAACUGAAGAUUCCCAUCCAUAACUGCCCUCUUCCAGACAUACUAGGAUCUGAUAAAAAUUAUUCCGGAAAGUUAAUUGGAGUUCCUGGAGCAGUUGAUGGUCCAGUUGACCGUCCACUAAGUGCUGGCCAUUACUUGGAAAAUGGGUCCAUGUUGAAGGUGCAAAUAGAACUAGCAGAGGCCCUCAUUACACCAGCUGCACUGGCAGCUAAAGAACACAUUCCUACUUCUAUAGAGUGUCCUUUUAGCAGGAUUAUUUAUGAGUUUGAUUACAAUAAUAUUGAAAUGCUGCAAAGUUUGCAAACUCUGAUUAUGAGUUUCAAUGCCAAAGCAUUAGAUCUGGAUGCACUGCCCCAGCAUGUGAUUGAUGCUGCCUUGUCAACAUAUAAGCUUUCAGUGGUGCAGCAGUGCAGCUUAGACCUUGACAUUGUGACUGGAUUUCAUGUCCUGGAUGGUGAAAGGCAUAUUUUUGUCCUGGAAGGUUUGAGAGAUAAGGCUAUCUGCGUCAUAUGGGAUACUCUCCCACAAGGACUGGAUGUUAAAGUGUUGUAUAAUUCAAAUUUGAGCUUUAGUAAGCGGCUAUAUGGCCUGUUGGAUGUUGACUUGUGCAGAAUUAAACUGCAUGAACCUUUAAGUAUGAUAGUCCAACAGCCUCUGCUCUACAUUAGGGACAUGGUGUUUAAACCCUGCUUUGAGGCUCUCAUCAAGCUGGAUCAGAUCUGUAAAGUGAAUAAAAUGACAGAGGUUGUUAAAUGUGAUCUUUUCCCUACACCUGAAAUGGUUGUGUCAAUGAGUAGGGAGUUUGGUGUGCCAUUCACACAGAAAGAUUUUGAUGAUUUGCACUCCUCUGUGCAGCAGAAAACAGAUGAAACAUUUUAUCACCAAAGACCUUACAAGCCUGAUCCAAGUCGAGCCUGGACACCAAUUGACAAUUUCAACCAAAAAUACAUCGAGCAACUCAAAGCUGAAAGAAAAUCACAUGAUUUCCUGCAGGAAAAUAUUGAUGAAGUGCACCAAAAAAGUCUGGCCAGUGCUGCUAGAAAGGAAAAGAAACUGGUGCUGUCUGUGAAUGUGGACCCUGCAUACAACUACAGCACCCAGCACUUGAACAGUGGGGCACUGGCAGCAGAAGAGUUGAGGCAGUAUUUAAUGAAGCAAGAUCCCACUGCUAGGUACGCAUACAAUGAGGAAUACCUGUCAGGCAUGGUGUGUCCAGUUGAUUUAGAACAAGAGCAAAAGAAACAAAAAGCUGCAAGUAAAGCCAAGUGGAGGACAGAAAAUGGCUGGAUCUUUCCUGGGAUGAAAAGUAUGAAGGAGAUGAAUGUCCACCCACAACGUCCGAACUCUGCUAGAGUAGAGGAACUCAGAGAGGAAUGGAUGGAAAAUGCAUUCCAUUCAAAUAUCUUUAAAUCCCCAAUUGACCGAGGUCGUUACCCCUGGUCUAAAAGACAUGAAGACCUGGAACUGUACAGCAAACCACCCCCUGGGUUUGGCAACCAUGAGCACAUAUCAAUGAAUCUGCCUUGGCUUCAAGAAGCUCAUGACAAACAAGAUUUUUGGUUCAAGGAAUAUGUCAAGUGGAAAUCUCGUCUGGUGGUCGAUGAUGUUGAGUUCCAUUGUCACCGUGUGCUGCCUGCAACAGAGAUGACAAUGCAAGGAUUCAAGUCCAGCAAUCAGUUAGAUCGUCUAAAGGGCCUGCUCAAAGAUCCUGUCAUGAAACUAAAAAAAUAUGCAUCAGAUGCCAAUGAGAUUCCGCCUUUAGCUGUCGUGAAUGACCCUCUAGUAGACACAGUUGCUCGCCAGAAAGGAGUUGAGCUCCGCCCAGCUAUACCUGCGGGCUUUAAAGCUGAGUUUAAUGGAUACAAGCCAGGAGAUGGACCUGAGUCCUACCAGAACCCAAAAAAUCAAGUCCCAUGCUUUAACUAUGAACAUGAAAAGUUUAAGAAGUUGAGAGGCCAAGAUUUCAAUGUUUAUCACAUGAACAGAAGCAAGUUCAGCCACCGCCCGAUACAUAGCUUGAGGCCUGAGGAGAGAAACAAUCAUUUAUUUCCAUUCUCUCUAGUGUCAUGGAAUCAUUACUCUCAACCACUUCCUGAUUUGGUUCAAAGGUCACACACAGUCGGACCUUGGCUUAACUCCUCGGGACACAAUCAGACGUCAUCAUCAUCCAACAAAAUCAAUUCAGAAACUUUGCUGUCAGUACCUCACCUGUCAGUACCUCACCUGUCAGUACCUCACCUGUCAGUACCUCACCUGACAGACACGCCAGGACCCUCCAGUCUGGAAGUAAAUCACCCCUCACUUUCCCUGCAACACCAGACAUCUGUCAUGGCAUAGGAGAGGCCACAUUGGGGAUUAUUAAAAGCUGAAGAAAAUAUUUUAACAACACUUGUUAGCAACAUUU